UUUCGUUCGUUUUCUCUUUUGUUUUUGUCGUUUCAGGGCUGCUGCUGAUGGCUUAAAAAUGGGUCUAAGCAAUAAUGAUGAUGCUAUGAACAAAAUUCCUCUCAAGUCAGGAGUCGAUGAUGAAGAGAAAAAUGGCGGUGAAUUUAUACAUGAUACAGCGACAGCGGAAGAGGCGAGACGAGAGCAGAGGCGGGUAAAGUUGCUGAAUUUAAUGAAAAAAUUGACCAUCGGCAUCAUAUGUUUCAUUGGUAUUGCCUUAAUUAGUUAUGUUAUCAUCAGUUUAUGUUUUAAUGAUAAUAGCAAUACUAAUGGCCCCGCAGUAGCAUCCACAACAUCAACAAGUCCUUUAGAUAAUGGCAGCAAUGGCAGCGACAGCAGCAGCAACAAUCAAAUAUUGUCAGCCUCCAUAUUGGGUGCGGGUGGCGUUGCCACACCAACAACAGCGUUGCCACCAUCCUCACAACAGCCAACAACAGGUGCCAGUGUCACAAGUGGUACUACAACACCAGCAGCAGCAACAACAGCCGAGAAGGAUGCGGCUACUGUCGUUGAGAGUAGUGACGACGAUGGCAAGGUGACAACUGAAGUGACAGACAAUUCCCUGCUCAAGGAUGAACCAAUUCUUGAAAAGAAUUUCACCUCAAAUUUGGGCGUUUAUGAAAAGGCAGCUGUUUGUUCCGAUAAACCUGUAUGCAGUCAAAUUGGCAGGUGA